GCGGCUGCCUUUGUUUUUGUUUGUCAUUUUGGUUUAUUUUAGCAGUGUGUUAAAGAAUUGUGUUAUUUUAUCGCUGCAUUUAUAUUAUCCAAUUCGUCAAGCACAAUUAAAACAUUUGAAUAUAUAUGCAUAUUUAGUGCAUAUAUUAUAUAAGUAAAUUAUUAAAUUCAACUCUUAUUCAGUGGCGGACAAAUUGUGGAACUCAAUGCGUUCGUUGCUGUUAAUUUUAUUUCCUUUCCUGGCCAGCGUUGCUGCCGAAAAGUCGGAGGAACUCAUUUCCGAUUUGGAAACUUUGAACAAAGUGCGCCACUUGCAGCCGGAGCAAGUGCACUUGGCAUUUGGUGAACAACCCAAUGAAGUUGUGGUAACAUGGUCCACACGUGAUGAUGCCAUUGAAUCCAUUGUCGAGUACGGUUUCGAUGGUUUAACGCAGCACGCCAAUGGUACUUCCCUGAAGUUUGUGGAUGGCGGUGAUAAGCAAAAAUCGCAGUACAUACAUAGGGUGAAGUUACUUAAUCUCUUGCCCAAUCGCACUUACGCGUACCACUGUGGUGGCAAAUUGGGUUGGUCACCACGCUUCGAGUUUCGUACAGUACCUACUGGAGACGAUUGGUCGCCAACUGUGGCACUCUACGGCGAUAUGGGUAAUGAAAAUGCGCAAUCGUUGGCACGCCUGCAACAGGACACGCAGAGCGGUAUGUAUGAUGCAAUAAUACACGUUGGCGAUUUUGCCUACGACAUGAAUACGGACGAUGCGCGUGUAGGCGAUGAAUUCAUGCGACAAGUGGAAACGAUUGCCGCCUAUGUGCCGUACAUGGUGGUGCCGGGAAAUCACGAGGAGAAGUACAACUUUUCAAAUUAUCGUGCGCGUUUCAGUAUGCCCAGUGGCACGGAAAAUCUUUUCUACAGCUUCGAUUUAGGACCGGUACAUUUCAUAGGUAUCUCAACGGAAAUGUAUUAUUUUCUCAAUUACGGUUUGAAGAUGCUCGUUUUUCAAUACGAAUGGCUUGUGCGUGACCUGGAGGCGGCCAAUCAACCAGAGAAUCGUGCACGGCGUCCAUGGAUAAUCGUCUAUGGCCACCGGCCAAUGUACUGUAGCAAUGGGAAUGGUGACGAUUGUACGCAUUCUGAGACGUUAACGCGGGUUGGCUGGCCCUUUCUGCACAUGUUCGGAUUGGAGGAGCUCUUUUACCAACAUGGAGUAGACGUAGAGAUAUGGGCACACGAGCAUUCUUAUGAACGUUUAUGGCCUAUUUACAAUUAUACCGUAUAUAACGGUUCAUUGGCAGAGCCAUAUCGCAAUCCGGGUGCGCCAGUGCAUUUGAUAACCGGGUCGGCAGGCUGUAAGGAGGGACGUGAACCAUUCGAAAGGGAUACGCCCGGGUGGAGCGCCUUUCACAGCCAGGACUAUGGCUACACACGGAUGAAGGCAUACAAUCACACACAUAUCUACUUCGAGCAAGUGUCCGAUGAUAAAAAUGGUGAAAUAAUCGAUUCAUUUUGGAUAAUCAAAGACAAACACGGCAGCUAUUUGUAAUUUUAAGUUUAGGUAGAGGAGUUAAGGAUGCAGAAGUGUUCCGAAAGAGCACUAAAUUGGAAAACGAAGGACAAUAAGUCUAGAAGAAGCUAUUGCAUUGCAUUGGCAUAGUUUAAGUUGGCUGUAAAUAUUGAAAUAUCAACAUUCCAUUUGAAACAAUCGAACCAUUGGCUCAUGAAAGUAAUAACUAAACGCGAAUUUAAGUGAAUCUCAAGCAUAAUGUACCUUUUUUAUUUAUCUUUAAUUCGCUUGUUAAACACAGCAAGAAAUUUUGUCAACGCACAAUCGCUUAUAUACAUACAUAUGCACUUAUAAAAUUGAUGCAGUAUUAAAAUCAUUUUUAUGGUUUUAAUUUGAGUGUUUAAACUCUUAAGAAAUAUAUAUACAUAUACACACAUAUAUAUACAUAUACAUGAAUGUUUGUAGAACAUAACUGUAGAUUUUUAAGCAUCUGAAGUAUUUCUUGGGUUUUAGUCAAUUAAUUUGUAAAUAUAAUUUUAACUAAAUAAAAUAAAGUGGUUAAGUA